UUGCUCGAGAAGGCAACAUGGAUGUUUCAGAGAUACUCGCCGAGCAUGCGAGGAAGCAGCAGGCCAUCACAGUGGAGAAAGAGAUACCUCUCGAGGUCGAUGCCGGCUUCUUGACGGUCACAGACACAAAUCCGAUAGAUGAGGAGAGCUAUAAGGUGAACCUCGAGGAAUACAUCCAAUCCACUGCCCGAGACGGUGUUCAGGUCCUCAUCUCAGCACUCUUCAGCCUCCCUACCGUACCGUCUCCAGACGGUCCACUGGCACAGCUCCCACCACCAACGACUCAGCUUCCACGAGCAAAAUCACUGCCGAAGCCCAAGCCGCUGUCAAAAUGGGAGCAGUUUGCGAAAGCGAAGGGCAUCUCGCACCGGAAGAAGGAUAGGAAGGUGUGGGACGAGGAGAAGCAGCAGUGGGUCAACCGCUGGGGGUGGAAGGGCACGAACAAGGCCGGCGAGGAGCAGUGGCUCACGGAGGUGCCCCAAAACGCUGAUAUCGACCAUGACCCUGCAAAAAAGGCCCGUGAGGAGCGCAAGGCACGUGUAUCCAAGAACGAAAAGCAGCACGAGAAGAACAUGCUGCGUGCUCAGCGAGCCCAGGGUUCCUCGUCUGCGCCGACUGACCAGCGCAAGCGUGAGAUUGAUCGUACGCUGGCGACCACGAGGGUUAGCACAGCUAGCAUGGGUCGCUUUGACAAGAAGCUAGAGGGUGAAAAGAAGCUCAAGGGUGUUAAGCGGAAGUUCGAGGCGGCAGAAGUUUCCGCCGAUACAGAAAAGUUACAAAAUAUGUCUAUCCUCUCGAAACUUGACCGCGAGCCUGCGACGAAGAAGGCGAAGGGUGGAGAUGGGGUGCUCAACGUACGGAAAGCUGUCCGUGCGGCAAGCAAGGGAAAAGGCAGUGCCGCGCUGGCGAAGGAGUCCGGUGGAAAGAAGGGCAAGAAGGUCAAGCGGUAGAUAAAAGUGUGCCCUGCCUCCCCGCCUGUGCGCGUUGUUCAUCUUGUGCUACCAUUUCACCACUUGUUAUGGAUAUUUUGAACCCCUCUCUGUACGAGGUACUAUGUUACACAAUGACGGCACACGGUCGCAACG